AUGGAGCGAGAUUUGAUAGAGCAAGUUACCCUGCUUGAUACCAGAGAAGAGUACGUCGCGUGGGAACAGCGUUGUGAUGAAUUCAUCGAAUCUCUGGAAGAACAGAGUCGCAUCAAACGCCCGCGAUCGAUCUGUAAUAGACAAUCAGUGAUCGCAUGUAUCGCGCGGAUCGAAAGUUUGAAGGAUUCGGUGCGCGAACGAUUCGUGCACGUGAGCGCCGGAUAUGGACUUCGAUGGCGCGAGAUCGACGCUGUGUUCGAGAAUCGUGUUCUGACCGGUGCGGUGAUAAACUCUGGACACAUAGAGCCGCGACAGUUUUUGGAAGACGCCGGUAGUGUGGUGCUCGAGCGUGUGCGGGGCGCUAUAGAGAGACACGGCAGCGUGAAAGCGAACACCGCGUUCAACGGUGAGUUCGUAGUGGGCGAUAAACGCACCGUUAUGGGUAUAAACACGAAAAACUGCGAACUAUAUCCAGCAUCGAAUGUGCGCGAGUGGUACGAGCGGCACGUCAUCGAACCUACAUUAGCGUCGCUCGAAGAGUUUCAGGAGCGUGACAGCGGAUGGGCGCUCUCGCGUAUAUUGAAUUUGACUCUCAAUGUGAACAAACUGAAUCCCAUGCACGCGGGAUGCUGCAUCGAAGUGCCGAAGAAAAUUAAAGACAAAAAAGCGGUAGUUAACGUACGCUCAGAGGACAAUGCGUGCUUCGCGUUGUCGAUGGUCGCAGCUCUGUACUCAGCUAAAAAUCAUGUGGACCGGAUAUCGUCGUAUCCGCCUUACGCUAAUGUGUUAAAUCUCGAUGGCAUCGAAUUUCCGAUGAAAUUCAAAGACAUUAAAAAGUUCGAACGUUUAAACGCGGUGUCGAUCAACGUAUUCGGCAUCGAGGACGGGAACAUCCUUCCGCUUCGACUCAACGAUGACAAGAAGGAGAAGCAUGUAAACAUGCUAUACAUACAAGGUCCACGCAACGAUGGAAUCGGUCAUUUCGCAUGGAUCAAAAAUCUGUCCCGCCUCGUAGGAUCGCAAAUUAAUAAAUAUGGACACAAGAAAUUUUUCUGCGACCGAUGUCUACAUUAUUUUUGCUCCGACGAAAAAUUGAAGAGCCACGCAGUGGACUGCGAUAAAUUAAAUGACUGCGCCAUCCGUCUACCGAGCGAAGACGACAAGUGGUUGACCUUCAGCAACCACUGCAGGAAGGAGCGGGUACCUUUCAUCGUAUACGCCGACUUGGAGUGCGUGCUGCAAAAGACCGAAGACGCAUCAACGCCAUCGGCAUUGUCGUACGCGUAUCAGCAGCACGAGGUAUUUAGCAUUGGAUACUACGUGCAAUGCUCGUACGAUACAUCAUCGGCGUAUCGGUUUCGUCGCGAUAACGACUGCGUCAGCUGGUUCGCGGGCCAGCUCGAGGAUUUGGCGCAUCGCGUGAAAAAUAUAAUAUCCACUAACCGUCCUAUGGAUUUCACGUGCGAUGACUGGCGGAAAUUUAACAGUGCAACGCACUGUCAUAUCUGUGAGAAACCGUUCGCGCCGGACGACGAGCGGGCACGCGAUCAUUGCCAUCUCACCGGACGAUACCGCGGUCCAGCGCAUGUAAAUUGCAAUUUGAAUUAUAAGGAUUCAUUUUACAUACCGAUCGUCUUUCACAACUUAUCGGGAUACGACGCACACUUUGUAAUUAAAGAAAUCGCUACCAAAUUCGAGGGACACGUAGAUUUACUUCCUCUAACGAAAGAAAAGUACAUUUCAUUUACGAAACAUGUCAAAGAGACUAGUGAUAAAGAUUUUCGAAAUUGCGUAAAAUUAAGAUUUAUAGACUCGUAUAAAUUUUUGAGUGCGAGUUUAGAUAAAUUGGCGUCAUAUCUCGAUAAGGAUAAAUUAAAAAUUGUACGUUCCGAAUUUUCGGCUCUAUCGGACGAAGAUUUCAAUCUGCUUACUCGUAAAGGCAUAUUUCCUUACGAGUAUGUAGAUUGCGUAGAGAAACUCGAUGACACGCGUUUACCGCCGCGCGAAUCUUUUCGCAGCUCGCUGACGGGUGAUACCGUGUCCGAGAGCGAUUACGCGCACGCCGCGAACGUAUGGCAGCGGUUCUCCGUGCGAACGCUCGGCGAGUACAGCGAUCUAUACCUGAAAACCGACGUAUUGUUGUUGGCCGACGUUUUCGAAAAUUUUCGCGACAGUUGCGUCGCUAGUUACGAUCUCGAUCCCGCGCAUUACUAUACAUUGCCCGGUUUCACGUGGGAUGCCAUGCUGAAACACACGCGCGUAAAAUUCGAGUUGCUCACCGAUGUAGAUAUGGUGACGUUGAUCGAACGCGGUAUACGCGGUGGCCUCAGCCAAUGUUCCGGCAGAUACGCAAAGGCUAAUAACAAGUACAUGCGUUCGUACGACUUGUCGAAACCGUCGUCAUACCUGAUGUAUUACGACGUUAACAAUCUAUACGGAUGGGCGAUGUGUCAACCGCUGCCCUACGCCGAUUUCCGAUGGGUUGAAGACGCCGCGAACUUUGACGCGAGAGCGAUCCCUCCGGAUUCGCCCACCGGUUACAUUCUCGAGGUAGAUCUCGAGUAUCCGCAACAUCUUCACGACGCGCACGCUGAUCUGCCGUUCUGCCCGACACGCGAUAAGCCGCCUGGCAAGCGCGAGGAUAAACUUCUCGCGACUCUGUAUGAUAAACAGCGUUACGUCAUCCACUACCGCAACCUUCAGCAAUGUACACAUCACGGCCUUCGCGUCACGAAGGUUCAUCGAGUAUUGCAAUUCACUCAAUCCGCCUGGCUCCGUAAUUACAUUGAACUUAACACUCAAUUCAGAACGCGCGCAAAAAAUGAUUUUGAAAAGAAUUUGUACAAAUUGAUGAACAACGCGAUAUUCGGCAAAACGAUGGAGAACGUGCGCGAUCGCGUCGACGUGAAAUUAGUAACUACAUGGGAUGGGCGGUACGGCGCGGAGGCAAUGAUCCCGAAACCGAAUUUCCACAGCCGCAGCAUCUUUGCGGAAAACUUGAUCGCGGUCGAAUUGCGUAAACUCGAGGUGAAAUUCGACAAACCGAUUUACGUAGGUAUGUGCAUACUCGACAUAUCGAAAGUCUGCUUGUACGAAUUUCACCACGAAUACAUGGUACCUACGUUUAAUGAAAAUUGUAAAAUUAUGUACACCGACACGGACAGUCUCAUUUAUCACGUCGAAUGCGACGAUGUGUACGCGGAGAUGAAACGUGAUAUCGCUCGAUUCGAUACGAGCGACUAUCCGAUGGACAACGCGUACGGUAUGCCUCUCGCGAAUAAGAAGGUGCCUGGCCUGAUGAAGGACGAAAACAAUGGCGCGAUAAUGACCGAGUUCAUUGGACUCAGAGCGAAGAUGUACGCGUUGCGCGUAGACGGAAAGGAAGAUACGAAGAAGGCAAAGGGUGUAAAGAGCAACGUCGUAGCGCGAACGAUAACGUUUAACGAUUACACCCGUUGCUUGAACGAGGAGAUCGAAAUGACGCGUAGACAGUCAUGUAUACGAUCGAAACUACAUCAAGUGUAUACGGUGUCCGAAACGAAAAUUACUCUGAGUCCAUAUGAUGAUAAGCGAUAUAUUGUGUCAGGUUCUACCAACACGUUACCAUGGGGACAUUAUCAUUGUAAUUGA